AGAGGAGUGCCAUUAAGCGUUAGACUUCAUGCAUACUGGACGCACACCAUUCAUUGCAAGAGCAGAUUGCGACUAGAAAUCCACUUCCGCACCAGAUUCUGCGAUUUCCACUGCACAGGAAUUAACCCUCGUCUGCUUGAAAUGCAGAAAGAUGAAGAAGAAGAGGACUCGAGGUGGCCGCAUAAUGUAGCAAUUAAAUCGGGAAGGAGAGAAUUCCACGCAAUCAGAACAGAAGAAAGGACGAUGCUGGUGAAACUGUCAACGAUGGAGAGAAGUGGCAAGAUAAUAGAAUUGCUUGCUUUGACGUAACAAUACAAAAAGUAGAGAUCGCACUACAAGAAUACACUAGCAUCGAAAGAUUUUCUCAUGUG